CCUCUUUAUCUCCAACAUGGAUGCUUUUCACGGGAUUUUAAAAUCUAUCCUCAACCAGAAAACUGUUAUUGGCUACAGCUUCUUGGCUCUGCUGACCCUGGGAAGUGAGCGUCUCUUUUCCCUUGUGGCAUUUAAGUGCCCCUGCAGCACUGAGAAUGUGGUCUACGGGCUGGUUUUCCUUUUUGCUCCCGCUUGGGUGUUACUAAUCCUGGGAUUCUUUCUGAACGGCAGGUCGUGGAGACUCUUCACAGGCUGCUGCGUGAAUCCCAGGAAAAUCUUCCCCAGGGGCCACAGCUGCCGCUUCUUCUAUGUCCUUGGCCAGAUCACUCUGAGUUCACUGGUGGCUCCAGUGAUGUGGCUGUCUGUGGCUUUGCUCAAUGGGACUUUUUAUGAAUGUGCCAUGAGCGGGACGAAAAGUUCAAGACUCCUGGGACUGAUCUGUGAGGGCAAGCCCAAAGAAUGCUGGGAAGAACUUUACAAAGUAUCAUGUGGCAAAACCAGCAUGACACCCAUGGACACCGAAGAACUGAAACUGUCCCUGCAAGCCCAGUCUCAGAUUCUAGGAUGGUGCCUGAUUUGUUCAGCAUCUUUUUUCUCUCUGCUCACCACUUGUUAUGCUCGCUGCCGAUCUAAAGUAAGCUACCUUCAGAUGAGUUUUUGGAAGACAUAUGCCCAAAAGGAGAAGGAGCAGUUGGAAAAAGUGUUCCUGGACUAUGCCAACAAGUUGAGUGAGAGAAAUCUGAAAUGUUUUUUUGAAAAUAAGAGGCCAGAUGUCUUCCCCAUGCCUACUUUUGCAGCCUGGGAGGCUGCUUCACAGCUGCAUUCUUUCCACCAAAGCCAGCAACACUACAGCACCCUCCAUAGGGUGGUGGAGGAUGGACUGGAACUCAGCCCUGAGGACGACGAAACUGCAAUGGUCCUUGUGGGUACUGCCCACAAUGUGUAGCGCACCUGCUGUCACUGAUUCACGGUGUCCA